AUGACGAUUGUGGGGCCGGAGAACCACAGCCUACCUUGGGGAGGACCUCCUGCUGCGCCGACCGGCAACACCAGGCUACACUGCUGUCCGUACUGCCCUUAUGCCACGAAAUAUACCACCAACCUAAAGAACCACAUCCACGGGCAUACGAGAGAGAAACCAUACGCAUGUCCACACUGCCCUUACAGGUGUAUUCAGAAAGGGAGGUUGAAGAUUCACAUAACGACGCACACGGGAGAAAAGCGGUUUUGUUGUCCUCACUGCCAGUACCAGACAGCCAAUAGCAGUAAUCUGAAGAGGCACAUCCUGACCCAUAGCUUCAGGAACGCGAUGCCUUAUUCAGUGGGAGGCGUUAGCACCACGCUGCGGUGCCCCUGCUGUGGGUACUCCACAACGUCCAGACGACACAUGGAACUUCACGUGGCUACUCACACUGGGGAGAAGCCCUUUGCCUGCCCACACUGCCCCUUCAGAGCUGUCCAUAGCGCCAACCUCAAGACCCACAUUCGGACCCACACGGGAGAAAAGCCCUUUGCCUGCCCUUACUGCCCGUACUCCGCCGCGCAAAAGGAAAAGUUGAAGGCGCACAUCCGCACUCACACCGGGGAGAAGCCCUUUGCCUGUGAAUACUGUCCUUACCGCUCGACCCGGAAGGACCACCUCAAGUCCCACGUGAGGCUGAGGCAUUCCCAAAGGAUCAACCCCCCGGCGUGAAGGAUGGAAGGACUCUAGUGGGAACCCUGGAAGCCAUGCUGAGAUGAAAUUCAUGGCAGUUCGUCAUCGAUUAACCUAGUCCCACACUCCCUGGAAGAUAGUUCAGAGUUCAGACACUGCCGCCUUUACACUUUGCCUUCCGACUCGUGCACUAAAUUCAAUAGUAAAUAGUUAUGAUAGCAAGCAAUUCGCAUAGUGAGAGCAAUUGUCAAUCAUAUAUUUUUUUUUUGAGGAAUGCUCUAAAAACAAGAAUAUUGAAGCUUUUGUGUAAUUAUUGUCAUUAAAUUGAUGUAAAGCUAUACAAUAGUUUCUGCAACCCAAAAUAAUCUUUCAUGUUUUCUUUACAUACACAUUGUACACGUACACGCACACAUACACACACACACACACGCAACA